GCACCAUAAAACCAGCCACCAUGGCCCCAGAACAGAACCUAGAGCCCGUCAAGCCCGUCAAAAGCGCACCUAGGGCAUGGGAAGCCCUUACCCCGUCUCUCUCGCAAUGGAUCCUAGACGCCAUCUCCGCAAUGGGCUUCUCCAAAAUGACACCUGUGCAAGCCAGCACGCUUCCACUGUUCCUCAGCAACAAAGACGUGGUGGUCGAAGCCGUAACUGGCAGUGGUAAAACUCUCGCUUUUCUCAUCCCGCUCAUCGAACGCCUGCUCCGAGCCGGCUCCCUGAAAAAGCAUCACGUAGGAGCAAUCAUCAUCUCGCCAACAAGAGAACUGGCCACCCAGAUACAUUCAGUCCUACUGUCUUUACUCGCAUUCCACGCCCCGUCUGCAUCCGUGAUCAAACUACCAGUUGAGGAUGACAUGGAAGCCGAACUCGAAAAGCCCACGUUUCCAGCAUCGACUCCAAAAGUCGUGCCCCAACUAUUACUGGGCGGCAAUACUACCCCCGCUCAAGACCUAAGCUCUUUCCUCAGAGGAUCCCCAAAUCUACUUAUCGCCACGCCCGGUCGCCUCCUCGAACUUCUCUCGAGCCCUCAUGUCCACUGCCCUCAAUCCUCAUUCGAGGUUCUAGUUCUGGACGAGGCCGAUCGACUCCUGGACCUCGGCUUCAAGGACGACCUCCAAAAGAUCCUCCAACGCCUCCCCAAACAGCGCCGCACCGGCCUCUUCAGCGCAAGCGUCAGCGAAGCCGUCGACCAGAUAGUGCGCGUAGGACUUCGGAACCCCGUCCGCAUCGCCGUAAAGGUAAAAUCCGCUUCAGGGGCCGCGGAUAAACGUACACCGGCUAGCUUGCAAAUGUCGUACCUCAUCACUCCCCCACGGCACAAAAUUCCUGCUCUCAUCUCAAUUCUCAAUAACCUCGCUCGUACCCCUCAGAAAUCGAUUGUAUAUCUCUCAACGUGCGCUGGUGUGGACUACUUUCAGCACAUAUUUCCUACCCUCCUUCCAAAUUUCACAAUCGUGCCGUUGCAUGGAAAACACCCACCCCAAGUCCGCCACAAGAACUUCACCAAAUUCGUGGACUCGAUAACGCCCUCUAUCCUCCUAACUACCGACGUCGCCGCCCGCGGCCUCGACAUUCCUUCCGUCGAUCUCGUCCUCCAAAUCGACCCGCCCAGCGACCCCAAAACCUUCAUCCACCGCUCCGGGCGCGCGGGCCGCGCAGGACGCCGUGGCCUCGCCGUCGCGUUCCUAACCCCCGGCCGAGAGGAAGAUUACAUCGACUUCCUCACUGUCCGCCAAACCCCCAUUUCCCCGCUCCUAACUCCCGCCAUCUCAAUCUCCGACGCGGAUGCUGAGAUCACGACCCAGCGGAUCCGAGAACUGGUCAGAGUAGAUCGCGCUAUCUGGGAUAAGCAGAACCGCGCGUUUGUCAGCUGGGUGCAGGCGUAUAGCAAACACACCGCUAGUAGCAUCUUCCGCGUCGCGGAUCUCCAGUGGGGGGAGUUAGGGCAUGCGUGGGGUCUGUUGAAGCUCCCCAAGAUGCCGGAGCUGAAGAAGUGGGAGGGGGAUAAGACGCUCGGAGUGGAUUUUGAGAUGGACACGUUUCCUUACAAGGAUAAGAAGCGCGAGGCAGCGAGGUUGGAAGAGUUGGAGCAGCGAAGAGCCGAGAGAGCGGAGGGACAGGUGGUAGUUCGGGAGAAGAGAAAGGGGAAGAUGAAUCGGGAGGAGAAGGCUUGGACGCAGAAGAAGGAUCAGAAGGCGCUGAGGGAGGUGAGGCGGGAGAAGAAGGAGACGAAGAGAGAGAAGGAGAGGGUGAGUAAGCUGGGACCUGAGGAGCGGGAAAAGGAGGCCGAGUUGAGGAAGAUGAUUGAGACAGUGAGGGAGCGGACCAAGCUGGAUGAGGAAGAGGAGUUUAAGGGGUUUAGUGACUGAGGCAAAGUAUCAAAAUUCGAAUCCAGAGUCAACAAAAAGUGUCCAUCCUGGAAAGUUGAUUCGUGUCUUGGAAAUUU